AUGAAAUUCACGUCCCUCUUGCUUGCUGUUGUCUCCUUCUUUACAGUAGCACUUGCAAUCCCUGUCAACUUGGACAAGCGAGACGUCUUCGUGCCUCCUAUCCUGUACCCGCAUUCUGGCACCGUGUGGACGAUCAACGAGCGUCACAAUGUUACCUGGGAUACAUCUAAUGCGCCAGUGAACAUCACAAACUCCAAAGGCCUCAUAAUGCUGCGUAAGGAUAACAUGGCUACUCCUCUGAUUCUUGCGGAAGGAUUUAACAUUCUACUCGGCAGAUUCGAGAUAACGGUGCCUUGGGUUGUUGAAGGAGAUGAUUAUUCUCUAGUUCUAUUCGGCGAUUCGGGAAAUUGGAGUGAGAACUUUACGAUUACCGGAUCGGAUAUUUCAUUCUGA